AAAUCGUUGCCGUUUCAGAAAUUGCCGACGCCACUCAUCCUCGGCCACUGCCUUCCCCAAAGCUAACGACAGCGACACUCCUCAGUUCUCUCCCCAUCUCUGCUCCCUCUCUCGCGAUGAUGCUGCUGCUGCUGCUGCUGCUGCUGCUUCCAGCUUGAAUCCUCUCGACAACCGCCGCUCGAGCGAUAACCACCGACCGACCGAGCCUCCACCGGAAAUGGCGGCGGCGGUGGCGACGGCGACGGCGACGAGCUGCUCCGUUUCUCCUCCCUCCCUCGCCUUCUCCUCCGCCUCCUAUCCCCGCGCGGCGGGCCCCCGCAACCGCCUCUCCUUCCGGCACGCCCUCCUCCGCCCCGCUUCCUCCGACGACGGCGGCUCCGGCUCCGGCUCCGGCUCGUCCUCCUCCUCCUCCUCCCGACCUCCUCCGCUCCGCAUCGCGGCGGCCUCCAACCCUAAGGCCCGGUUCGUCGCCCGGAGGAAGGAGUCCGUCUCCGUCAGGCAGCUGGACCGGCCUUUGAGUGAGUACAUGAGCUUGCCGGCGAGCCAGUACUCGGUAUUGGACGCGGAGAGGAUCGAGAGAGUGGAUGACAAGACGUUCCGGUGCUACGUUUAUAGGUUCAAGUUCUUCGCGUUCGAGGUGUGCCCUGUUUUGCUGGUUCGGGUGGAAGAGCAGCCCGAUGGCUGUUGCAUUAAGCUUUUGUCGUGCAAGCUUGAGGGCUCGCCAAUUGUUGCUGCUCAGAAUGAUAAAUUUGAUGCUUCUAUGGUGAACCGAAUAUCAUGCGAGAGCUAUCAAAGGACGUCAUCGCUGCAGCAACUCACUUCAGACACAACUAUUGAGGUUAGCAUUGACAUUCCUUUUGCAUUUCAAGCUAUUCCAGUGCAAGCCAUUGAAUCAAGUGGCACUCAGAUUCUCGAGCAAAUACUCAGGAUCAUGCUUCCACGCUUUAUGACCCAGCUUGUGAAAGAUUAUCAAGCGUGGGCUUCUGGUGACACCUCAAGGCAGCCUCUUGGAACGGGUAAAAUCUGAAUGGUAGAAGGCUGCGCAUGUUACCGUUUCUAUUAAUAACUUGGCUGCCUAUGCGAGUCAGGCACACGUUGUCAGUCCUGCAGGAUCCAAUGGUUGCUCUGGUUUAGCAUAUGCAAUUUUUUUUGUUAGUUCAUGGGCUGGCCACCGAAAUUAGUGCAAGCAACUCUUGUGUAUAGCGUUGUUCUAGCUUUUCUUUGGACAUUCACAUGGAUUAUGCUUCACCUUUUCCAUAAAAUACAUUCAUUGAAAUUGCCGCAUGUUGUGAAAGCUGUUUGAAUCAGGCCCUCCUAUGUUCUGGUGUGGCACUUGUAUCUCAUCUCCGCUUUCUUUUA